AUGGAUGACCCACCUGCGCACAAAGACAGCACAAAAUAUUCUUGUGCCGUCAGUUCAACAGAGGCCGCAGGAUCCGAAGCCGUCGUUGCACCAGCUGGAGAUGCUCAGGCCUUAUGCCCGACCAGCUCUUACAGGAGCUCCCCUGUAGGGCAUACACCUUCACCUUUUGGUGGAAGAGUCAGCUCUGCAGAAAGGCCACAGGAACUUCAGGGCUUCCAAUCACAUGGGGGUCCCCGUGGGGAGGCUGAGAGGCGACAGGAGCAGCAGGCUCCCAAGGGCCCCUGCGUUGAAAAGCUGAGCAUGUGUGCGCCGUUUGGGAGCAAUGGAUUGGAAAGAAGAGAUGAAGACUGCGUGGCGGACGGGGAUGGGGGUGGGUGUGUACGCACACCUGAAGACUUUCCUUGUGCUGCAGAGACCGACAUUGAAACUGCUUGCCGUGAAACUUUUGUAUUUGCAAACGCCAAAGCCGGAAUGGAUAUGACCGAAGAGGAGAAGGCGAAAAUAGCGGCGAAGAUAUUCGAGCUGUCGAAGAACUCCCCCUUCUUUUUGAACGAGAUGCGGAAGAAGAAACAAAUGGAGGAACAGCUGGCGGUGCUGCGGCGGCGUGUGCAGCUUUUUACGUCUUGCGGGGGCUGCGCGGAAGCAUCGGCAGCAGCGCGUCGGGUGCUUCAGCUGCUGCAGCAGCAGCAGCAGCGGGAGUCAGGCCAUGUGUACGUGCACCUGGACAUGGAUAUGUUCUUCUGUGCAGUGGAGAUGCGGGACGAUCCCUCCUUAAGGUCGCAGCCGAUGGCUGUGGGGAGUUUGUCAAUGCUGUCUACAGCCAACUAUGCAGCGCGGCGCUUUGGCGUUCGCUCGGGCAUGCCGGGAUUCAUUGCAAAGCAGUUAUGCCCUUCUCUGGCGAUUGUUCGCCCCAACUUCAGGAAGUACAGAGCCACGGGAGAGACUAUUCGCUAUGUCCUUCAGGCUUACGACCCUUCGCUUUCACUGCAUUCCCUCGAUGAAGCUUCCCUCGACGUGACAGACUGCCUCAACAAGAGAUUCCCUCGUACAGACGCUGAGGCCCUUUCCGUACCCCCUACAAGCACACCGGGGAAUACAGAAGAGAUGCCGGCAGAAGCAGCAGCGGCAGCGACAACAGUAACGGAUCGAGUAGCAGCACUUGUGUCUGAGAUCCGGGCUGCUGUUACAGCAGCAACUGGCCUGAGCUGCAGUGCUGGCGCCGCCUCGAGUCGUAUGGUAGCAAAGAUCGCAUCGGACAUGAACAAGCCGAACGGACAGAAGAUCGUAGAAGCCACAGGCGCAUCUGCUGAAGCAGCUGGAGCAGCCACAGCUGCCUUUUUACAGCCACUCAAUGUGCGCAAGGUACCAGGGAUCGGUAAACACAGGGAAAAGAUGCUGAGUGCAUUCGACAUAAGAACAUGCGGGGAACUACUGCAGCAGGCGCCGCUGCUGCUACACUUGCUGCCGCGGAUUACAGCGGUACACCUUAUCCGCAUGGCCCUAGGAGUUGACGGGCUGCCUCCUGAGCUGCAGCAGCAGCACCAACAACAACAUCACCAGCAGAGCAUAAGCUCGGAAGAGACAUUUUCAGCAACCAACGAGCUGCCAGUCCUGCGCCGGGUGGUGGAGCAACUGGCAGCAGCAGUAGCAAAGCAGCUGAAGGAAUUGAGACAAGAAGGCGACCAUGUAACUCUUAAGGUGAAGUUCGCAGACUUUUCUCUAAGAACAAUCUCACAUCGACUCGCGCAGCACACGGAUGACGCCGCAGCCAUCGCAACGGCAGCCCAAGGCUUGUUGCAGUCCGUCAUGCGGGAACAGCUACUCAAGAAGCAGACAAACAGUAACAAUAGCAGCGGUAGCAGCAACAGCAAAAGCAGCCUUAGGGGCAUGCCGACCUGGGUGCGGCUGCUGGGCGUGCGUCUGUCGGGCUUCAGACAAGCGAAGGCGGGCAGCAUUGGGCUGCGCCGGCUGGAUGAAUUCUUUUCGCAGCAGCCGCAAUCGCAGCAGCCAAAGCUAGCCGCAGCAACUGGAGCCGAUGCUGGGCUAAAUCGAAUCAAAGAGGACUGGCGUGUUGGCUUUGAAGAGCUCGACGACCUGUUGGCUGUGCUCUCCCAGCAUCAGCACGAAACAGCAACAGCACAGACGGCAGUACCAGCGGAGCAAGAGCCAGCAGCGUACCCCGCGCAUGCAGGGUUCGCAGCAGCAGCAACUUCACCAGCAAAGAAGUUUCCAGCCAAAGCAGCAACAGCAGCAGCCGUCGUAUCUCCUACAUGGCGAGCGAAGGAUGCCCCAGAGGAAGAGACCACAGUGGCACCAGAUACGACAGGAACAAUAGCAGGAGAGACAGCCCCGCUCGGCGUUGUUGCUGCGAAAGAAGCAACAACGCCGAGUGGUGAUGGUUUGGUUAAGACUGCCCCGGCUCAAGGAGCUGCUCAGCAGCAGCAAGAAAGCAAGAGCGUUAGAGCAAACAGCAGCAGCAGCAGCACUCAAAGACAGGAGAUUAAAGAGCUGCAGUUAAACGUUACCCCCCUACACCCGCAGCAGCAGCGUCGCCGCCUUCCCUCCCCCCCGAUUCACGAGCAACUGAUGAAACAAAAGCGCCAGAAAGGAAGGCAGCAGCCACAUCUGCUGGAACUGCUAAGGAGGCCAAGCAAGCGAAGAAAACACAAUCGAAUAGGGUUGGAACAGAGCCAAAAGAGGAGUCAGGGGCAGCUCGAAAGAGAUACCGUGGUAGUUGAAGUUGUCAGUGACUAA